CGUGAGCCUCUUCUCCAAACAACCGAAACACUGAUUAAAUGGCGACAAUCGCGUCAUAAUCACCUACUUGAACGCGAAAAUCCCGUUUGUAUCAAGCCUUGGUGUUAAUUUGACAACUUUCACAACGCGAAUAUCCGCUGUAAUAAGGACGUGAAUCAUCAAGUCACAUCCAUGUAUGAGGUAUGACAGGUUGAUGUAACAUUUCACAAUCCCUGAGUGAUAAGCGUCCCCCCCCCGUUACCAUGGCAAACGCGUCAGCGGCUGAACGUGGUGGAAGUCACGCUCGUAUUCCGCGCAAGGUAUCAUGGGCCAUAGCGUUUUGAGCGUCUUCCGCUCCUGCUCGGGAAGUGGACCCAUCACACAUUCAACAGCAGCGGCUCCGGGAGGAGAGUGGACGGACAAGUGCCCGUGAAUAUAGUUUGUUUUUUUUUAAAAAAAGGUGCUCGAGCCACAGACGCUUCUCGCGCUCAACGACUCUCCAAAGAUGGCGGCGACGUUGACGCAGUUAUCUCCAGUUAAUGCUACGUCUCUGUGCAUCUAUAUCCUCAUUUUCUCACAGGUUGCUGCGGGGAUUACCUGCAAGCCUGGACCGACCUAUGGAGCAAUUCUACGGACUUUUACAACAAGUCCUGCAUGCCGAGAAUCCUUUGAACAUGAUACAGUGGUGACCUACUCACAGCUCAAGACAAUGUUGGCCACCGGUGACAUUCAGCUGUUUGAUGUGAGGAGUCCCGCUGAGUUCGAGGAUGGACACAUCCCAACCGCUGUCAACAUCCCAUUGGACAACCUUGAAGGGUCUCUAAAGCUGUCCCCAGAGGAAUUUGAGCAGAUGUUUGAAGUGAAGGCUCCUGGGAAAAGCGACACCAACAUUGUGUUUCAGUGCAAAAGUGGAAACAGGAGUGCCAAAGCGCUGGACAUUGCCUGCCUGCUGGGAUUUAACAGGGCGAGACAUUAUAAAGGAGGGUACAUCGAGUGGAUAGAGCGAGAAGAAAAGUCACUCUGAAUUGUGCAGUUUAUUUAUUGUCCCCCUUUAAUAUCACAGCAGAAUAGAACAUAUACGCAGUAUAUAUUCCUUCAGCAAUGUUAAGUUACUGUUAUCUGUACCAUAUUUAUGGGUUGAAUUUACACUGGUGGCUACUAUUUAAGUUAAAAAAUUCAAUUUGUAUUACUUAAUGAGUAGAUACUACUUAUGGGAUGUACUUUGAUUGAUUUGUCACAGUUUUUAACUUCAUCAUUUUGUACGGUUAUUGAUUCCAGAAUGUAUGAGAAAAUAAUGUGAAACAGUUAUAUCAUAAUUUUCCUUUUCCUUCCAACACAUUUUCUGGCAAAAUUGAACUUACAAAUGCAGCUGCAAUGGUUAGAAUAAUAACAAGAAAAGUUUUUGUAUUGUAAAGGUCUUUACAAGUUACAAGUACAUGUAUACAAGUUUAUUUUGCCCAUCAAGCAUAAUCAUCAAAUGAAUCAUAUUUUCAAAUGUGCAGAACAGGAACUGUUUCUUAUUCCACACUGUGCACUAAAUUUGUAAUAUAUGAUGUGUUUCAGUUUUUCACUGGUCUAAAUGGAGAAAAGCAAAUAAUAUAAAUAAAAUACUUUCUCUUUUUUUUUAAA